AAAUCUUAUUUGUUGAGUUUGUAAAUUCCAUUGGUCGAGUCCUGUUUUUCAUCUGUAAAAAGAUUCAGGGCGUCAAAUCGAUGCGCACUGGCGAGAUCAUCUAACGUACGCGGAGUUACUUCAGGACUUGAGGUUAUUUCAGUGUCGUUAACUUUACCUGAGAGGCUCUCUUCUUCAUGAGUUCAUUUCCUCAGCACCGCGUGUCUGAGCGGAGUGGAUAGGAAUUUAGACGACACGCUGCCUAUUUCCAAUAAUAUCAAGAAAAGGGCUUAAUCAUUUACUUGGCCUCUUAACAAGCGCGUAUGUAUUUAUUUAUUUGUCAGUCGGUGUUCCUGAGUCGUGGCAAGGGCCCUUUGCAUGUUUGAGUACGAUGGAGCAUAAUACAAACACGCCUGCAAUCACCAGAAGCCUCUUGUGGCCAUUAAAAGUCAGUAGUUCAACUCGAGCUUUUUUCACGAACUGAGUGGUUCUCUAAAAGUCUGAAGUCCGCAUAUGCACUCAUAUCAAGGGGCCCUUACAAACAUCACUCCAACUGUCAAUAUUUCAUCCUUUGUGUUCACCGACGUUCUUGCAGUCAUCACCACCGCAAACAACACGCGCAUGUUGAAAAUGCACUAUACGGACCAAUGAAAUUUACGCACAAGUGUUGUUACAUGUGUAAAUGUUUCGGGGUUGGGGGAUGGCAUGGGUAGUUUAAGACCGCGUAAUAGAAAUUGUGCGUGGGUGCAUGGAUGAUAGCGCUGCUUUGUAUUGUUGCCCUGGCUGCUGAUGCCCCGCCUCUGAUGGAAGCCUUAAACCUGGCACCAAGCUAAAACAAACGAAAGUCAGCUUCGAGCUCCCACUCAAACCAAUUAAGGCGGACUCCAGUGCACACUCAUACGUUUCCAUCCCGCUGCAGCGACACUGAAACAACAGGAACAGAGAAGCUGGCCAAAAAAAGAAGGAAAGAUUGCCUUGCCUUCUAAUUUCUCCCUUUCCAACACAGAACAAUGUCGAUGAGCCCUAAACAUACGACUCCUUUUUCUGUAUCCGAUAUCUUAAGUCCUCUUGAGGAGAGCUACAAAAAAGUGAGUAUGGAGGGGAACAACUUGGGGGCUCCUCUUGCUUCGUACAGACAACCUCAAGUCACGCAAGCGGCGAUGCAGCAGCACCACAUGGGCCACAAUGGAACAGUACCCGCUGCCUACCACAUGACUGCAGCUGGAGUUUCCCAGCUGUCACAUUCAGCAAUGGGGGGCUACUGUAACGGGAAUUUGGGUAACAUGAGCGACCUGCCGGCCUAUCAAGACGGCAUGAGAGGCAGCACGACGGCCACCAGCUGGUACGGAACGAAUCCGGACCCGCGCUUCUCCACAAUCUCUCGUUUCAUGGGUUCCUCGUCUGGUAUGAAUAUGGGGAGUAUGAGCACUCUUAGUUCAUUGGCGGAUGUUGGUAAAAGUAUGGGUCCGUUGACCAGCACACCUCGAAGGAAGAGGCGCGUUCUCUUCUCUCAGGCGCAGGUGUACGAGCUUGAGCGCCGAUUCAAGCAGCAGAAGUAUCUCUCUGCACCGGAAAGGGAGCACCUGGCGAGUAUGAUUCACUUGACUCCAACUCAAGUUAAAAUUUGGUUUCAAAACCACCGGUAUAAAAUGAAAAGGCAGGCCAAGGACAAAGUGUCCCAGCAGCAAAUGCAACAAGACAGUGGUUCCUGUCAGCAGCAGCAGCAGUCUCCACGGCGGGUGGCCGUGCCAGUGUUGGUGAAGGACGGAAAGCCAUGCCAAGGCGGCAACCAUACUCCCAACACUGGCAUACAAAACCACCAUCACCAAGGGGGAAACGUCAUGAUUAUGUCCAAUAGCAGUUCUACAAUGGGUCAGCAUCAAAGUCAGCAGGUAGGCAGUGCGGGACAGUCGCCAGAUCUGGGUCAACACACCGCAAGCCCCCCAUCUCUCCAAACCCAAGUAUCUGGCCUGUCACACCUGAACUCUUCCGGUUCCGAAUAUGGAGCUGCCUUACCUUGCUCCGCUCUGCUUUAUGGUAGGACUUGGUGACAACGGAACAGACAAUAACAUUAUAACAGAAUAAUAUACGGAUCCAGAUAAUCUGUAUACUGUACUAAAAAAAAAAACGAAUUUUGACCAUACGAACAGUGAUGCGCACUGAAAUCAUUGUCUCCUUUAUGGAGGGAGAAGUAAAAAGGCUGCAAGCAACACGAGGAUUGCCAAAUGACAAAGGUAUCAAAUCUUUUAUUAUGAGGACGAGCGCCAAACACCAUUAAGAAGAUGGAAUUAUUUAUAUACGCUAGAUGAUAAAAGGAGACUGAUAAACACUAAAUUACAUUUUUUUCUGUUGGAUUAAAAAUGUUUCGUUCAACAAUGAAGACGUCUCCAGAGUUAGACUGAUAAAUAACACUGAUUUCUUAUAGAAUUCACUGUAAGACGUAGCCUGUAUAUUUCUGUAAAAGAGUUGGAGUGAAUGCAUAGUUUUUAGCGAUAUGUAUAUUGUACAAAAUUUUUAUCGAUAUUAAGGGUCACAUGUUUUUUUUUUCAGUUCCAUUGUUAUUUGUAUGUUUAAUUUACUUGUAACUUAUAUAGAUAUUUGACUUCAAAGCAUUCCUACAAUCAUAUUAAUAAAUUAUGACAAUAACAAGAAAAAUAAUUACACGUUUAUUGUAAUUUUGGGUGCAAGAAUCAACCUCUCGGCGAUGCUAAAAGUCGAACCUGACCAAUUAAACAGUUGUUUAAAGAGUAAUAAAAUGAAAGCGAGUUUAAAAAGCAACAAAGCUAGCGUUCAAACAAUUAGCAUUUACAUUUGUUAUAGCUUUUCCAAUUUUAAAACGUUUUGUUUCAAUUACAAUCGACGUUUUUAUGUACUGUUUGUACUAGAUAAUCCCUCAUUGCGACAAUGUGGAACAGGUUUCCUGAAGUCUUUUUGCAAAGUAAGAAUGCACAAAGAUAUGUUGUUUCUGUGCGGUUCAACAUCCAUGCACUCAUAGUCUUAUAGUAGCCCAAUUGUGACGGUGUUUUUUGCGUUAUAAAUGUUGUGCCGUGCCUAAACAUGAUUAUAAAAUUGACACAAACACCCCAGACCCAUUGCAUGGUGAACCACUGCUUUGUGCAAUUUAAUUGCUUUGCUGGGCCAAAUGUCACAAAGCCAAAUCAAACAAAUUACUGUUUUCGUUCCCAAGUUAAUUGUAUUUAGUGAAAAAUAAUUAAUUGUCUUAUUUGUCAUUUUCUAUCUUUUUACCAAGAUUUAAAAAGGUCUCUUUCAGGAGCGUUUUCAUUGUAAAUGAGUCAGUGUAGGUGAGGUCUCCACUCCUUUAAAGAAACUCACAUCAAACAAACGCUCAUGAAAGCUAGCUUAUCAAUCACAUCGCUAUACAAACAACAGUAUUUUCCUAAAUAACUUUGCAAGACGAAAUAAACGCACUUAUCAGAGCACCAUCCAUCAAUACCGUGUUUGUGAAGAUCAGAGGUAAAAUCAAACGCCCCUCGUGUUUACGUAUUGAUAAAAGUUCGUAAACAUCAGUGAUGGGUGAGGAACGAUUGACUGUUGGCAUAUUUGAAAGUGUGUAGUCUCUGUAUUUGUGCGGCUUUCAAGAACAGGUUAAAGUGCAUGUUAUAUUUAAGAGAGGAAAAACGUUAUGCAAAAAGGAGACACUUUAAUAUAAUUUGACAAUGACAAGUUUUCCAUUACAUUUUUUGGUAAAGCACCCAAAAGAAAUUCAGACAGUAUAAUAAAAUAGCCUACAAAUAAAAUGAAUAAAAUAAAAAAUUAAAAAAACUUUUAGAAUAAUCGGUCAUUUAUUGACAAAUGACACUUUGUUUGCUUUUUCAUUCUUUGUUUAUUUCUUUGGUUUAUCUCUUUAUUAAUGUCCUCAUUAUUUAUCGCUUGUCAAAUCACAAUUUAUUGUUGUUCUGAACUUGGCUACACUUUAUCCCUUUAGAUGAAUAUUUUGGUAUGAACUCAGUUACUAUUCACGUGACAUGCAUUAAUAUUGCCAAACUGCUUUUGCGUUUGAAAAUAAUCGAGGAUUGUGUCAUCAAACAAUAUUUUUUCACUUUCAUUUUUCCUAUAAUAUGCACUAGUUUCAACUAUGUUGUUUUAUGAAGUAUUUGAAUAACUCCAUGAUUAAAUUGAUUUUGUCAACUAAACAAUCGACAUUAUUAUUGCAACUUUUAUAAAUUGAUUAAAAAAUAUUUUUUCGUUAGAAAUCCACAAACUACCCUUGUUAAAUUUAGAAAGCAUGUUUACUAGUUCGGAAAAUAAUAUUUUAGGACAGGAAUGUCAUCUGGGACUGCGCUUAAAAUUAGAGCUGCGUAUUGUUGGCUCACUAUGUGUAGCUAAAGAUUUUUGAUUGACAGACCAGCGCUAGAAUUUAUUAUUGGCUAUUUUAUUAAUUAUUACCCUCGGUUAUUUCAGGCAAUAUUUUCAAACAUUGUUGUGGCGAAUGUAGGUAUAAUUAACCAGACGUAAAACAAAAAAUAUAAAGCUGGGCCAUG